AUGGAGGCACUGGGGAGCGGCAGAACCCCAGGGGUUCGGACCCCCGACCGGGCUGUCGAGUACCUGCUGGAGCUGAACCGGAUUAUCGCGACACAACGACACCUCUUGGCCUCGCAGCGCCGCCGCAUCUCGCAGCUCGAGGGGCAACUGCAGCGCUUGGCCCGAGAGAACCGGCACCUCCGGCAGCGCGGGAGGCGCAGGGGCCCCCGGCACCAGGUCCGGGGCAGCGGAGGGGGCAGGGGGGCGCCCAUCCAGCCCCGGUGCCACCCCCGUGUUGUCCCCCCCCCUCAGGGCCACGCGGACCCCGACGGUCAAUACCAGAACCACCUGGAGCCGGAGGGGCCGUACGGGGACCCCGACCUUCCCUACGCGCCCCGUCCGGAGCGGGAGCGGGACCUGCCCUACCCCGACCCCGACGGGACCUUCCCGGCCCACCUGGAGCGGGACGGGACGUACCCGGAGCACCUGGAGCACGACGGGGCGUACCCGGAGCACGACGGGACCUUCCCGGCGCGGCCGGAGCGGGACCGGCCCUACGCGGCCCACCUGGAGCGGGACGGGCAGUACGAGCCCCUGACGGAGCGCGAGGGGCCCUUCCCGGCCCGGCCCGAGCACGACCGGCCCUACCCGGGCCGCAAGGACCGCGAGCGGCCCUACCUGGGCCGCGCCGAGCGCGACGGGCCCUACGCGGCCCGGCUGGAGCAGGAGGGGCAGUUCCACGGCUGCCUGGAGCGGGACCUCCAGUACCAGCCCCACCUGGAGCGGGACGGGCAGUACCCGGGCAGGAUGGACCGCGAGGGGCCCUACCCCGGCAGGAUGGAGCAGGACGGGCAGUACCCGCCCCGUAUGGACCGCGAGGGGCCCUACCCCGGCAGGAUGGAGCAGGACGGGCAGUACCCGCCCCACACGGACCGCGAGGGGCCCUAUCCCGGCAGGAUGGACCGGGAAGGGCCGUACCCGGGGCGGCUGGAGCAGGACGGGCAGUACCCGCCCCGUAUGGACCGGGAGGGGCCCUACCCCGGCAGGAUGGACCAGGAGGGGUCGUAUCCGGGCCGGCUGGAGCGGGAGGGGCCGUUCCGGGCCCGGGAGGGGCCCUACGGGGCCUGUAUGGACCGGGAGCGCUGGGAGCGAGAGUGGCCGCGGGGGCCCCUCAGCCGAGGCCCCUCCAGGAGCUCCAGCCCCGGGGGGGGGCAAAGCACGAGCGCCAGCACCAGCCCCGCCACCACCCUGCAGCGCAAGUCGGACCGUGACAGCUCGAGGACAGUGAGGUGCCUCCCGCAGGUGCUUUUGGCUGCUCCAACCUCCCCCUGCCCGCAGCGUGGACGGCGAGCCCCGGGCAGCGAGGGGGCCGGCGUGGCCUGGCCCCGGCUGCCCCCCCAGCCCGCCAGCGUGGCCCUGCGCAAGCAGGAGGAGGAGGAGGAGAGCAAGAGGCCGAAGGCUCUGAGCGACAGCUACGAGCUCUCCACCGACCUGCAGGACAAGAAGGUGGAGAUGCUGGAGCGCAAGUACGGGGGUUAUUUCCGCUCGCGGCGCGCGGCGCGGACGAUCCAGGCGGCGUUCCGGCGGUACCGGAUGGCGCAGAAGUUCGAGCGGCUGCGCAGCGAGGGCGGCCGUGCCCGGCGCCUGGCGCUGCCCGGGCUGCGCCUGCAGUUCUCCUUCGAGGAGUACGGCCAGGGCCCUGCGCCCGCCGGGCCUCCCGCCCCCGCCCCCUACUUCCAGGGCAAACCCGCCUCGCUGGACGAGGGCGUCCUGGGGGGCGCCGCGCCCCCGAUACGGGGGUCCUGCCGGGCCGGCCUGGACGGAGGGGGGCCCAGCGAAGGGGGGGCCCUCUCGGCGUCGGCCGAUUUUGGGCCCGGAGGAGCCGACCUGGAGGAGGCCUUUGCGCAGCAGGUGAAGUCCUUGGCCGCCUCCAUCGACGAGGCUCUGGGGGGCGGGGUCCCCCCCGGAGCCCCGGCCCCCCCCGCGGGGGACAGCGCGGCCACCUCUGCCAGCGACGUCACCCUGUACCUGGACGAGGGGCUCCCCAGCUCCCCCACUCCCCGAGCGGCCCCCCAGCCCCGAGCCCCCGAAACCGGGGACCCCUCCCCGUGCCGGGGCGGGGGCCGGGGAGCCACCCUUGCUGACGGUGGAACCCCCAGCGACAGCUCCGCCGACCUGAGCGACCGCUCCGACCGCGGCUCCAUCAACCGGGGGGGCCCCUACGAGCCCGACGGGGCCUGCGCCGCCCCCGCCACCCCGCCGCCCCACGGCCCCCGCAGCCCCCCUGGCCCCGCCGGCCCCGGCAAGGCCACGUACCAGCAGGAGCCGCGGCAGAGCUGGGACUCGCCCGCCCUCAACAACGGCGUGGUGCAGCGGCGCCAGUACCGCAUCGGCCUCAACCUCUUCAACAAGAAGCCGGAGAAGGGGAUCCAGUACCUGAUCGAGAGGGGGUUCCUGUCCGACACCCCCGUGGGCGUCGCCCACUUCAUCCUGCAGCGGAAGGGGCUGAGCCGGCAGAUGAUCGGGGAGUUCCUGGGCAACCGCCAGAAGCAGUUCAACCGCGACGUCCUCGACUGCGUGGUGGACGAGAUGGAUUUCUCCGGGAUGGAGCUGGACGAGGCCCUUCGGAAAUUCCAGUCCCACAUCCGGGUGCAGGGGGAGGCGCAGAAGGUCGAGCGCCUGAUCGAGGCCUUCAGCCAGCGCUACUGCGUGUGUAACGCGGCCCUGCUGCGCCAGUUCCGCAACCCCGACACCAUCUUCAUCCUGGCCUUCGCCAUCAUCCUCCUCAACACCGACAUGUACAGCCCCAGCGUCAAGGCCGAGCGCAAGAUGAAGCUGGAGGACUUCAUCAAGAACCUGCGAGGGGUGGACAACGGCGAGGACAUCCCCCGGGACAUGCUGGUGGGCAUCUACCAGCGCAUCCAGAGCCGGGAGCUGCGCACCAACGACGACCACGUGUCCCAGGUCCAGGCCGUCGAGCGCAUGAUCGUCGGCAAGAAACCAGUGCUGUCCCUGCCCCACCGGCGCCUGGUUUGCUGCUGCCAACUCUACGAGGUGCCCGACCCCAACCGGCCCCAGCGCCUGGGGCUGCACCAGCGCGAGGUUUUCCUCUUCAACGACCUGCUGGUGGUGACGAAGAUCUUCCAGAAGAAGAAGAUCCUGGUGACCUACAGCUUCCGGCAGAGCUUCCCGCUCGUGGAGAUGCACAUGCAGCUCUUCCAGAACGCCUAUUACCAGUUUGGGAUCAAGCUGCUGUCGGCGGCGCCGGGGGGGGAGCGGAAGGUGCUCAUCGUGUUCAACGCCCCGAGCCCCCAGGACCGGCUGCGCUUCGCCAGCGACCUCCGCGAGUCCGUGGCUGAAGUGCAGGAGAUGGAGAAGUACCGGGUGGAGGCCGAGUUGGAGAAGCAGAAGGGGUGGCGGGGGCACGAGGGGGCCCCCGGGAGCCCUGAACGGGCUGAGCCGGAGCAGCCUCGAGGAGGCCUUUGGGGGGGCAGAGGGCUCAAACGCAGCGCCCUGAGCAGCUCCCUCAGGGACCUCUCGGACAGCGGCAAACGGGGCCGCCGGAACAGCGUGGGGUCCCUGGACAGCACCAUCGAGGGCUCCAUCAUCAGCAGCCCCCGCCCGCAGGCGCGGGGGGCUCCGGGGGGCACGGGGGCGCCCCCCGAGGGGUACAAAGCCUCCCCCCGGCCCGUCUCCAACUCCUCGUCCUUCCUGGGGUCGCUGUUCGGGAGCCGCCGGGGCAAAGGCCCCCCCGGCCCCCCCCCCGGCGCGGGGGGUCCCACGUCAGCCUCGGCCUCGUCGUCGUCGGCGUCGUCGUCCCACCAUCACCACCCCCGCGGCCCCCGAGGGCCCCUCAAGCUGCAGGCCCUGCACGCCCAGUACUGCCAUGGGCCCGGGGAGCCGGGGGGCCGGGGGCCGGGCCCGCCGCCCCCUCCCCGUACCCGCAGCAGCCGCCCCCAGCCGCCCCGCGCCCCCGCCGCUCCCCGCCAUCGCCGCCGGGGCCCCCGCGCUUCCACGGGGGCCCGCCCUGUCGGCCCCCAGCAGCACGGCCCCCGGCAGAGUUCCCCACACCCCCAUUACACCCUCCACCGGCCCGGCAAAGGGGGCUCCCCAGCGCCCCCGCCAGCCGCUGUCCCCCUCCCCUCUGCAGCCCCGCCCCCGCCCGCAGGCUGUCCACAGCCCGCGGCCGCCGGACGCGCAUGCGCCGUGCGGCCCUUUAAACGUGCCCAGCGAGUGCCGGCGCUGCGCUGA